CUUUCUUUCCCCCCAAUCCAUAACCUCAACCUCAGAGGCAACCACAUCCAGGACGACCCUCACGACGACGACGUGACGACCACUCUUCAAAUCCGCGCCGCACUUCUCAGUCGCUGAACGCCUGUUCCAAUUGCCACUCGUUCGUGGCUGCGCUUGUUAGAGCUUCUCUCUGCAAACACGCAACACUACUACCUACCUACCCAUUAUACUCCUCACUACUAUCACUACGACUUCCCAUAGUCCACCGCAUUCCGACUCGCGGCGAAGCCUCGGCUUUCAUUCCUCUUCUCCCCUGAAUCAUAUUUGUCGUCCGCCCCUCAUCCAAGCUUUCCUUGGCGCUGCUUCAGCUUCCUCGACACUUGGACAUCCGCGAAAGCACGACAGCAAGACUCCAUCAUGGUGGGGAACAAACAGGUGCUAUACAAGUUGGUGGUGCUCGGUGACGGAGGCGUGGGGAAGACUGCCUUGACCAUCCAGCUCUGCUUGGAGCACUUCGUCGAAACCUAUGAUCCCACUAUCGAGGACUCCUACAGGAAACAGGUCGUCAUUGACGGUCAAGCAUGCAUGCUAGAGGUUCUGGACACAGCAGGACAGGAAGAGUACACGGCACUACGAGACCAGUGGAUCCGGGAUGGUGAGGGCUUCGUGCUAGUAUACAGCAUUUCAUCACGCUCCUCCUUCGCGCGCAUCAAGAAGUUCCACCACCAGAUUCAAAGAGUCAAGGAGUCGACCUCGUCGCCGUCAGCAUACCCAGGAUCUUCACCUCUCGCCGCCACCAACCCGUCCGCGCCUGUGCCGAUUAUGCUAGUGGGCAACAAGAGCGACCGCGUAACGGAGCGCGAGGUUUCCACACAAGAAGGACACGCUUUGGCGCGAGAGCUUGGCUGCGAAUUCACCGAAGCGUCGGCAAAGACACGCACAAAUGUUGAAAAGGCCUUCUACGACGUCGUCAAGCAGCUGCGAAAACAGCGACAGCAAGGACAAUCAACACCGCGCGCGCUACCGCCAUCAGGGAAUAGCAAGAGCGAAAAGUACAGUGGGACAGAAAAGCCCAAGCGUCCUCGUGGAAAGUGUUUGAUUAUAUGAGCGGUUUCGCAAUGGGUGUUGGGUCUUUUGGCAGGUAGUGAUGAAACAAUGUCGCACUUCCUGCCUUGCUUCCCCUUCCGGGGCCCCGGGGGGCCGGCCGCGGCCCACAGAGCCAAACCCCGUUUUUCACCCCCCCAGUUCUUGGCGCAAAAUGCGUCGGGCGAUGCGCGAAUAUCCCCGACCCGGGACCCCUGAUAUGCCCCAACACGUACGGCCGGCACAUCAACUCGGGCGUUCUCGUCACAUACUUGCACUCAUUCGGGCUUGCAUCCGAAGCGACCACUCAUUUUUGAAGAAAAAUAUGAAGAAAAAAACAAAACCAUGGCAAUUUGCGCAUAUACCACAACCACCCACAAACUCGCAUACGCUCCAUACAUUUCACACUUUCUCAUCACACAUGACACAAACGACGUAACCGAAUUCUCCAGAUGGCGAAUGGCGCACGAUUUAAAAGAGGGCAUCCGAUUUGGCGGGAGGUGGGAAAGGGGGGAAAGGGCGCAAAUAUCAUCUUCACUUCUGGUUUAUUUUUCUCCGUUUAAUUUCUCGACCAGGUAGUUGGAGAAAGUGUGCUUUUUUUUCUUUCUUUUUUCUUUUUUCUUCUUCCUCGUUUUACUCUUUCCUUCCUUUGUUUUCUCACAUGUUUUAUCUUCUUUAUUUUCUUUUGUUCGGGUUUUCACAAGGCCACCGAUUUUCGUGGAGGGGUGGUUUCUUUGGAGUUUGGGGAGGGGUAACAACACAGAAGGAUAUGCAUAUCCCCAUCCUAAGCGGAAAGUUGGCGACUAGAUAUACCGGUCUUGGGCAUUUGGGAAGGAGAAGCGAUAUCAUCAGAGUCUAGUUGGCCCUGGUCUGGGCUGUUCUCAGCGAGAAGACGGCGGCAAGGGCAUCAAAGGAGAGGGACAGGCUGGAAAGUGUUAUGCGCAAGGACGCAGCGGGAAUUCUGAUAUGCCCAUCUGGAUGCGCCAACGGGUGUAAAUGGCAAAGAUGCUCUACCAAAGAGUGGCCAUGGUGGAGACAGAGCAAGGGCGUGUAUUUUGGAAAUCAUGGAAUGAUUCCAUUACCUAGCUUGAUACCUUUUCUAGCCCAGUAUUGCAGAUGCUGUGAACAUCAGCUUUGUCCCAAGUGUCCAAAGAGAAGCCGGUUGAGUUCAAUAGUCGAAACCCGAACUGUCCUUUGA